AUGCUAAAGGACCUGGAGAGCCAUACAAACCAACAACCAAAAUACAAAUUUUUUUCUCUCAUCAAUUUUCACCGCAAAACAAAAACCAUCGCUGAGAUUCAUGGUAGAACUGAACCUCUUCUUGAUCAAGACGCUGUUAACGGUUCUUGGAAACUUAAUGCCGAGGAGUUUCAUCUACCAUCCCAGAAUGUUGCUGACCAUCAGAAGAAAAGCUCGUUCAGUUUCAAUGGUCUCCUUCGUAAGCCUAAGAAGCAACGCAAGGUGGCGGAGUAUUACGAGAAGCAAGAGAGACUCGUUGAAGGGUUUAACGAAAUGGAGGCUAUGCAUGAAACCGGUUUUUACCCCGGAGGUCUCACUGAGGAUGAAAUGAAGCAGCUUACAAAGAGUGAGAGGAUGGCGGUUCAUGUGUCGAAUGCAUGUAACUUGGUGCUGUUUGCGGAAAAGGUUUUUGCGUCGAUCGAGAGUAGAUCAUUGGCAGUCAUUACACCAACACUUGAUUCUCUCUUGGAUCUCUUGUCAGGUUUCAUAUUGUGGUUUACCUCCCAUGUCAUGAGAAAGCCUAACCGAUUUCACUAUCCGAUUGGAAAGAAACGCAUGCAACCAGUGGGUAUCAUUGUUUUUGCAUCUAUAAUGGAAACCUUGGGCUUGCAGAUAUUGAUCGAGUAUGGUCGGCAAAUUAUUGCAAAGGCAAAGCCUGAAGCUAAUCCAACUAAGGUAAAUUGGAUGAUCGGAAUUAUGGCAGCCGUGACUGUGGUGAAGUUCAUUCUCAUGAUCUACUGUCGAAGAUUCAAAAACGAAAUCGUCAGAGCUUACGCGCGAGACCAUCUUUUCGAUGUCAUUACCAAUUCUGUCGGAUUAGCUGCUGCUGUUCUAGCUGUCAAAUUCGUAUAG